GAUGAUGAUCGGAGUGUCGCGUGAUGAUGGUUUAUGCUCCUUGACGAGAUCAGCAGCGAGGUGAUUGGUGGUUGCUUCAUGGCCGAGCGCUCUGUGUGUGCGAGCCUCUGUGGGCUGUCACCUGUGGACAAAGGGCGUGUCUGUCCGUGCGUCUCGUUGUGUUUCCCCAGGAAUCUGACGGACAACAAGAUCUUCCGCCUCGGCGUGUACGUCUUCCGCGACAUGACCUCGCUGCUCGUGCUGGAUCUGAGCGACAAUCAGAUCGGCACGCUGCCCAACGGCGUCUUCGAUAACCUCACCAGCCUCGCUGUGCUGGACGUGAGCGGGAAUCCGCUGGACUGCGGCUGUGAGCUGGCGUGGCUGCCGCAGUGGCUGGCGGCGCCGGCGCGCGCCGGCAGCGUGGCGCUGGCACGGCCGUUGCGCUCGCUGUGCGCCCUGCCCGACCGCCUCGCCCGCACGCCCGUCACCGCCGCCAACUUCUCGAGCGCCGUCUGCGCUGCCGACUACGUUGCCUGCUUGCGCCCGGCCUCAACGCUCAUCUUCUCGGCCGUGGACGAGGACGCGCACGACGAGCUCGGCUGCAACGUCGCGUGCGCCCGCCGCCGCCUCGCCUACUUCUCCUCCGACCCGGCGCUGAACUACCUGUGCCUGUGCGGCGACGCGGGCGGCUCGCCGGCGCUCGACUGCGCCGCCGUCUGCUCGGCGGGCUACCCGGCGAGCCGCGCCGUGUGCGGUCGCGUCGUGGUGGCGCCGCCGGCGCCCGUCCGCUUCGGCGCGACCUUCCUCCGCCUGCGCCCGUUCAGCGUCUUCGAGGCGGCCGAGUUUCGCGUCGCGCCCUGGUACGACCCCGGCGCCGGCUGGCGCGUCCGCUGGGACUUCGGCGACGGCGCGGCGCCGCUGGACGUCGCCGGCGGCGACGCCGCGCGACACAAGUUCGCGCUGCCCGGCACCUACGCCGUGACGGCGAGCGUGAGCGGCGGAGGCGGCGGGCCGACGGCGACAGCCGGCGCCGCGGCCAACGUGACGGUGGCGAUGCCGGUGCUGCUGCCGCCGGAGUUGCGGUGCCCCAAGGCGGCGCUGACCGGGGGCGGAGGCGGCGUGGCGGCCGUGAGCCGGAGCGGCACCAGCGUGAGGGCUCGUUGGUCCGUGAGGGAGCCGGACGGCACCGUCCGCCACGACGCUCCGGCGUGCCCCGCGGGGGGCCGCGCGAGCAACGACCCCGCCGACGCCGAGGGGGGGCGGCCGUGCUACCUGCUGGUGACCGCGCCGGCGAGCUGGCACGACGCCCGAGCCCACUGCCGGCGGAGCCCCGGCGGGGACCUCGCGGUCGUCGCCGACGACGCCACGCAGCGUCUGGUGACGGCGCUCUCAAACAGCAGCUCGAGUGUGUGGCUGGGCUUGAGCGAUACGGAGUCUCCGGGCACCCUGCUGUGGGUGGACGCCCGCACGCCCGAGCGGUUCGAGGUGUGGGCGACCGGCGAGCCCAGCAUGCUUCGAGACCCGGGCCCCGGCGGGCGGUGCGUGCGAGCCAUCGUGAGCCAGCACGGCCGCUGGGGAACGGAGAACUGCACCGAGGUGCUGCCGUACGUGUGCCGUUACGAGCCGGGAGUGCUUGUGGAGGACGUGCGAUUCUUCCUGCUGGGGUCCCCGGCCUUCUCCGCUCACCUGCCCGUCGUCAACGUCACCGUGACAGGGGACCCAGCGCCCUCGCUGGCCUCCAGCGUGCAGGUGAUGGUGUUCCCGGGGCUGUGGUUCGCGCACCGCGGCGUGGUGCAAUCGCUGGAGGUGGCGGUGCUGCAGCGCCGCUCCACCGUGCAGCUGCGGCUGCAGGUCGUGCGGCCGCACUGCGGGCCGGGCCUCUCGCUCUCCCUCCCCGGCUGCGCUCGCUCCUGGUCCCCGUUCUCCACGUGCGUCGCUGACGCCGCCGACGCCUGCAACGCGACCGCGGGCCCUUGCCCGCCGGGCCUGCAGUGGUGCCGCUUGUCGGCGGCCUGCGUCCCCGUGGGGCGGCCGUGCGGCGCCAGCGUUCCCGCCGCGACCUCUCCGCCGCCGCCGGCUCCGUCGGCGGCGUCGUCGCAGCGGUGGACUCCGCCGGCCUACGAGGUGGUGCGGGAGGUGGUGGCUCUGCUGCACGCCGGCGAGGCCGCGCACGCGAAUAUCGUGCUGGGCCCCGCGGGACUGGAAGUCUCGCCGGACCUCGUGCUGGCGCUGCAGCACGACGCCGGCGCGCCUCUGCUCGACUGCCCAGCCUCGGCCACGCCGUCUCCCUGGCGGCAGCCCUGCCUCACCCUCGACCGCUCCGCCGGCUGGGCGCCCGCGAACCUGUCGGCCGGCGUCGCCGACGACGGCGCCGGCGCCUGGCUGCGGCGCGACGACUGCGCCUGCGACCUGCGAGCGCUCUACACCGACGGCGCCGGCCUGCCCUCCCUGGACGCCGCGCUGGCGUCGGCGGCCGCGCUGCCCGGCGCGCGCACCUACAACGCGAGCCUCGGCAACCCCGUCGGCGACGGCGCCGGCGGCGGCGCCGGCUGCACGGUGGAGUUCCGGCCGCCGGUGUCGGGGCUGAGGCUGGCGAGCCCGCAGGCCAAGGCGAGCGGCGCCGUCUACGUGAACGUGUCGGCGAGCUCCCCGUUCGUGUUUCGCGUCGACGCGGGGUCGGGCGCCGUCCUGCGCUGGCUCCUGAGCGGCGGCGACCGCGCCCGCGGCGCCUGCGAUGGCGCGGCGGCGUUCUCCGCGGCGUGCCCGGCCGAGCUGCCGGCGGCGCCCGCGGCGGCGACCGCGGCGGCGGCGGCGGCCUCGUCGACGGCGUCCCGGGCGUGCGCCGGGCUCGGCGGCGAGUUUGCGGCACUGCGGGCGCCGGUGCGGGAGGCGGGGACGUAUUGGCUGCGGGCGAACGCCAGCAACGGGCUGAGCGAGGAGAGCGCCGUCGUGACGGUGCAGGCCGAGCAGCCCGUCGCCGGGCUCACCAUGCUGCCCGCCGGCAGCGGCGGAGGCGCGCAGAGGGUGCUCGUCGACGUGACGCUGGUGUUCUCAGCGAGGGUGGCGGAGGGGACGUCGGUGACGUACACCUGGGUGCUGGACGGCCUCACCGUCUUUGCGUACAGCAGCCAGCAGUACAACCUGGUGUUCCACAGCCCCGCCGUCUACCGCCUCAAGGUGACGGCGGAGAACGCGGUGAGCCGCGAGUGGGUGGAGGCGGAGAUCCACGCGGACACCAUGAACCCCCUGGCCGCCCUCGCCAUUCUGGACGUGCCCGCCGUGUUCCCCGUCAACGGCAGCCUCCAGCUGGCCGCCACCGUCAGGGUGGACGCCAACGUGGCGGUCCUCUUCCGUUGGUGCUUUGGGGACGGCAGCGCUAACGCCACGUGGAGGGCCAGUCCGCCAUACGAGGCCUGGCUGCCCAGGCCCGAGCCUGGCGUGGAGCGGGUCCUGCUGCAGCACAACGUGACGCACACCUACACGGAGGCUGGCUCGGUGAACCUCUCCGUGGAGGCGAUCACGGACCGCGAGCACCUCCAGACGGUCAGCACCGUCGACCUGCGCUCGCCGCUGACCGCCGUGCUCCUCCGGCUGCUGCCCGCCGGCGCCGCCGCCGCCGCCGGCGUUCCCGGAGGAGAACCAUCUCUCGGCGUGGUGCCAGCCGACGUUCCCGUCACCGUUGAGGCGGUGGCCGUGCCCAGCGGCUACCGCGUCGUCUACGCGUGGGACUUGGGCGACGGCCCGCCGGUGCAGGAUGGCGCCAGCAGGGUGACGCACGCCUUCGCCGGCGACGCCACCUACACCGUCCACGUGGUCGCGGACAAUGGCGUGAGCCACGCGGAGGCGAGCGCCAACGUGACGGCGCUGCGCCGGCUGUCCGGCGUGACGGUACUCGCCGGCGCCGUCGAUCUGGGCUCCCUGGCCACCGUCGCCGCCACGCUGGCGACCGGCUCGGCCGACCGCUGGGACUUCGACAUGGGGGACGGCACCGUGUACGUGGACCUGCGCGAGCCGCUGGUGACUCACAACUACACCGCCGAGGGAGCCCACAGCGUCACCGCCAACGCCAGCAACGCGCUGGGCGCCGUGACGGGCGCCACGACGGUUUGGGUGUACCGGCUCCGGCCGUCGGACGUCCUGGUGCCACCCGGGUGCGUGGCAGCCGGCGCCGACGUGAGCCUGUCCACGAGCGUCAGCGCCUUCGCGCGGAACCUCUCCUUCUGCUGGGACUUCGGCGACGGCGACGUGACGGAGGGGGUGGACAUCCCCGCGGUGGAGCACGCCUACGCCGGCGCCGGCAACUUCUCGGGCUCCCUCGUGGUCCGCAGCCUGUCGGGCGCCAGCAAUAGGCAGGAGUUUGUCGUGUGCGUGCGGGGCGCCAUCUCGCGCGUGGAGCUGGCGGUGACGAGCGGCGCCGUCUCGCGGCUGGGCCAGCCGACGGAGUUCAGCGUCGCCGUCGAACCCCCCGGCGAGGGCUGCACCUACACCUUCCGGUUCGGCGACGGCGCCGCCCCCGAGGUCCUGCUGGCGCCUCCGUUCCGGCACGUGUACGCCGGCACCGGCGCGUUCACCGCCGCCGUGAACGUCAGCAACGGCGUCAGCGCCGGUGGCGCCACGGCGCCGGUCGAGGUACAGGAGGCGGUGGGGAUGGUGCGGGUGACGGCGGACGGCGCCGCCCCGCUCUACGUGGCCGUCAACCGCACGUACCUCUUCGCCGCGCUCCCCAGCGCCGGCACCGCGCCGCGAUACUCCUGGGACUUCGGCGACGGCGCCGUGAGCCACGGCGGCAACGGCACGGCCGCCCACGCCUUCUCGACCGGCGGGGCGUACGCCGUCACCGCCACCGUCUUCAACGACGUGAGCAGCGCCGUGGGCGGGCUCAACCUCGCCGCGCUGGCGCCCGUUAGCGGGCUUGCGAUCGUGGGCCCCGACCCCGCGACGGUGGAGACGGUCACCCCCGCCGCCUUCUCGGCGAUUGUCGAGUCCGGUGACGACGUUGCGUUCGCGUGGGCGUCGUGCCGCGACUGCCUGCCCCCCGCCGGCGCCGGCUCCCGGUUUGAGACGGCCUUCCCGACGGCCGGGGCGCACGCGGUGACGUGCGUGGCGGAGAACGCGGUGAGCCGGGAGGAGGUCGCCGUGACCGUGUCCGCCGAGGAGCGGAUCGCCAACCUCACGGUGACGUGCGACGGGCUGGCGGACGGGCGCUACUGGGAGACGGGGCGGGUUCUGCGGUGCAGGGCGCUCGUGGGAGCCGGCAGCGGCGUCGGCUUCGCGUGGAGCUUCCGGUACCUGGCCAUGGGCAGGAGCGUGGAGACGAACGAGACGGCUGCCAGGUCCCGGCUGCCGCAGCAGCAGCAGCAGCAGCAGCAGCAGCAGAGCGAGUCGCUGUGGAGAGUCACGCUGGCCGGCGAACACACCGUUGCGGUGAGCGCCAGCAACGGCCUCGGCAGCCUCACCGCCACGCUCAACUUCACCGCGCUGGACCGCGUCGCCGACCUGAGUGUCGCGGCGGCGCCGAACCCGGCCGCCGUCGGCGCCGCCGUAGCGCUGGCGGCCAGCGUGCGACGCGGCACGGCCGUCGCCUACACGUGGUUCGUCUCCGCCGGCGCCGCCGACGAGACGGAGGAAACGGGUUCGAGCCCGCGGCUCGAGCGCAGCUUUGCGGCGGCGGGGCCGGCGCUGGUGACGGUGGUGGCGUGGAACCCGCUCGGCCGCGAGAACGCCACGGUGCGGGUGGACGUGCUGGAGCCCGUGCGGGGCCUGGCGAUGACGACGCCGGACGCGGCGGUGCCGUUCUACGUCGAGGCGGGGGCGCCGGCACGGCUGGUGGGGAGCGUGAGCUCCGGGUCGAGCGUGGCGUGGCAGUGGACGGUGCCAACGAACCCGGGGAAGAUGUCGAUGGACGACGGCGCCGAGCUGUUGUACAACUUCGGCGCCGAGGGCGUCUACGCCGUGACGGUGAAUGCCUCGAACGCGGUGAGCUCCGAGGUGCUGGCGCGCGACGUGACGGCGCAGGAGCGCGUCACGGGCCUGCUCGUCGUCGCCAACGCCACGGCGGCGGCGACGCGCCAGACGGUGGUGUUCACGGCGGACCUGCGGACGGCUCGCCGCUCCGCCGUCGUCACGCUCGCGUUCACCGCGGGCGGCCAGGCCACCACGGUGGACGGCGUCGCCGAGGUGGCGACGCUGACGCCGGGCGAGCCGUACGCCUACGCCUUCACCGAGCCGGGCGUCUACGUGGGCAACGUGACGGCGCGGAACAACGUGAGCGCGCAGAGCUUCCUGGUGAGCGUCACCGUGCUCGACGCCGUGCGGGGCCUCGUCCUCGUCGACUGCUGCCCCGCGGCGCUGCCCAGCGGCGCGCCGGCCUCGUUCAGCGCCACGGUGAGCGCCGGCGCGCCCGUCACCUUCCGCUGGCGCUUCGAGAUGGCCGGCGCCGAGGCGGAGGAGGCGGUGGGGGAGAGCGCGCAGUACACGCCGCGCAUCCCCGGCGCGCUGACGGUGCUGGUGAACGCCAGCAACGCGCUGAGCAGCGCGGGCGCGGGCGCCGUCGUGGCGGUGCAGGAGCGCGUGUCGGCGCUGUCGCUGUGGCACAACGCGACGCCGCACGCGCUGGCGGGCGAGCCGGUGGGCUUCGCGGCUCGCCGCACGUCCGGCUCGGACCUGCUCUACCGUUGGGAGUUCGGCGACGGCACGGGGACGCGGGGGCCCCAGGCGCGCGUGGCGCACGCGUACACGGAGGCCGGGGAGUACCGCGCCAUCGUCACCGCCUCCAACAACGUGAGCGAGGGGCGCGCCGAGAUCGCCGUGAGCGUCGUCGAGCUCGGCUGCUCCCCGCCGACGCUGGCGCCCGUCGCGCCGCGCCCCUCCGUCGUGGCGGCGCUGCAGAACUACUUCGAGGUGACGGUGGACCUGCGCGGCUGCGAGGAGCUGGGCUACAGCGCCGAGUACCUGUGGGAGGUGCGCCGAUCGGCGGACUGCGCCCGGCCCAACGCGACGGCGUCGACGGUGGCGCUCGACGCGUCGGUGGACGCCCGCCGCCCGCAGCUCGUGCUGCCGGGCCGCUCGCUGGCGCCGGGAAACUACUGCCUGUCGUUCACGGCGCGGCUGAGCGGCACGUGGCUGGCGCGCUCCGUGUCGCUGGCGGUGAGCGCGCUGGCGAGCCGGCCCGUGGCGGUGAUCGCCGGCGGCACCAACCGGACCUGGUCCCGUCACGACGGCUGGCUCCUGCUGGACGGGAGCGGUUCCUGGGACCCCGACGGAGCGGGAGGAGACGGAGCAGGCCUCGUCUACAGCUGGGACUGCGCCCCCAAGGUCCCCGGCACCCAGGGCUGCUUCUCGUCCCGGUCGCAGGGCCCCCUGCUCAACGUGUCGGGCGCCGCCAUGGUCCCCGGCGCUAGCUACGUCAUCACGCUGCGCGUGCAGGCGGUGCCCGGCAAGGGGGAGGCCGGCGCCAACCAGACGGUGCUGGUGCUGGAGGGGCCGGCGCUGUCCGUGGCGGUGCGGUGCGUGUCGUGCGACGCUCUGGGGCGCUACUCCGUGAGCCGCAGCGAGCAGGUCACCCUGUCCGGCCGCUGCCUCGACUGUGCCCCCGGCGCGCAGCUGCAGUACCGGUGGACGGUGGUGGACUCCGACGGGGCGGUGCUGCCCCUCGGCUCGGACCGCUCCUCCACGGGGGACGCCCUGCCGGACCUGGUGGUGCGCGCCGGGGCUCUCGCCGACGGCCUCGCCUACACCUUCGUCCUCACCGUGUCCGCGGCGCCGGGCGGCGUCGGCGGCGCUUCCGCCGCCGGGAACUCGUCGCUGGUGCUCGAGCCCAACCGGCCGCCGGCGGGCGGAGAGUGCCGGACCACGCUGAUGCCGGCGCCGGCGCCGGACGCCGCCCUCACCGUGCUGGAGACGCGCCUGCAGUACGACUGCGUUGACUGGCGGGACCCCGAAGACGCCGGCGCCCCCGUGCUCUACACGCUGGUGCUGGCCGCGUGCUCGCCAUCCGGCGGCUGCCAGGACACGCCGCUCUACCGCGGCGUGAAGGCGCGGUGGAGCGCGCUGCUGCCCCUGGGAGGCGGUGCAGGCGCCGGCACCCGCCAUUGGCUGGAGCUGUGGGUGGAGGAUCAGAUGGGAGCCCGCGCUCUCGCCCUCAACUGCAGCGUGGAGGUGGCGCUGCCGACGGCGCCGCCGGACGGACUGCCCUCGUGGCUCGCCAGCCGCAGCCGCUGGGAGCUGCAGGCGGCGCUGCAGAGGGGCGACCCCUACGAGGUGACGCUCUACGCCACCGCGCUGCUCAGCGUGGUGCGACAGCAGGUGGACGGCGGUGGAGAUGCCGCGGCGGUGGCCACGUACGCGGAGGUGGCGCGAAACGCGACCCUGGCGCUGGCCGGCCUGGCCGUGGCGAGCAUGGAGGAUGUGUUCCGCCUGGCAGCCUCGCUCGCCUACACCUCGUCCGGCGCCCGCAUCAACGCCACACAGGCCUCCGCCUCCUCCGUGUGUGAGGAGUGUCCGGAGCGAGUGCUGCUUCAGGUGGAGAAGAUGGUGGCGGUGGUGGCAGCGUGGGUGACGCAGGGCAAGGUCACCCCCACCGGCCCCGCCCGCAGCCUCCUGCAGGUCAUGGGCGCCAUCAUGGCCACCGGCCGGGACACGCGCGCCAGGCCGCCGCCCGGCGGGCCCGGCCUGGGCCGGCGGGCCUUCUCGCUGGCCGAGUGCCUGAUGGGCGCGCUGAUGCGCACGCGCGUGCUGCACGAGGAGAAGCUGGCGCUGCGCACGGAGCGGCUGGCGGCGCUGGGCCGGCGCGUCACGCCGCUGUCGCUGCUGUGCGGCGCGGGGCCGGCGCCGGCCUCGCAGGAGGAGGAGGAGGCGGAGGGCGAUCCGGACUGCGCGUUCCAAAUCCCCCUCGCGGCGGCGGAGAUCAUCGACCGGCGGGUCGCGGCGACGGCGGGCGGAGCCGGCGCCGAGCUCACGCAGGUGAUGCUGGUGAUGCCGAGCAGCCCGUUCCCAGAGCCGGAUCCCCUGGGCAGCCUCGCCGUGUCGUCCCGCGUCGCCUCGCUGGAGCUGAGCCGCGCCGACGACGGUUCGGUGGUGCCGGUGAGCGACCUGCCCGCCGGCGCCGCCAUCCUGGUCACGCUGCCGGGGCCGGCCCUCAACCUCUCCGAGUCGCUGGUGGCGGCGACCGCCGGGACCGCCGGCGAUGGCACCGUCUCCGUGCCACCGGGCGGCGCCGUCAACUUCAGCGUGAACGCCAGCAACGAGGACGCGAGGGCCGGCCUGUUCGUGCAGGUCACGUACACGCCCGAGGACGAUGCGGCUGCGAGCGCGGACGCCGUGCGCCGCGUGGACGUGAGCCUGCACGGCUACGCGCCGGCGCUGCCUGGUGACGAGCAGCCGGGGACGGGCGGCGACGCCGCCGCCACCGCCGUCGUCAUCGCCAAGCAGAUCCCGCUGGAGGAGGUGGAGCGCGGGAACCUGUCGGCCUGCACGCUCGCCCUGUCGCCCACGUCGUACGACACGACGCGGCCGUUCAUGCUGCUCGUCCGCAACCGGCACGCCGGCUCGGCGGUGCGAGUGCGCGUCGGCGCCUACCUCGCGCUCUGCCAGUGGCUGGCGCCGGGAGCGCCGGACGGCUGGGCUGGCGACGGCACGGAGCCCGACGGGGCCACGGGCCCCGGCGCCGCCGUGUGCCGUAGCCGGCACCUGACGGUGUUCGGGGCCGGCAUGUUCGUACCUCCGGGCGCCGUGUCCCUGCUGCCACCGACCCUGGAGAGCCUCUCGCUGGUGGCCGUGCUGGUGUGCGCGGCGCUGUGCGGCGCGUACCUCGUGGUGGCGCUGCUGGCACGGCGGAUGGACCUGGUGGACAUCAGGCGGGUGGGCGUGGUGCCGCUGUGCGGACCCGAGGGACGCUACAAGUACGAGGUGAUGGUGAAGACCGCGUGGGGGAGCGGCUCCGGCACCACGGCGCACGUGGGCAUCAGCCUGUACGGGCGCGAGAAGAGCGGCGCUCGAUUCCUGGCGCGCGACGGCGCCUUCCGGCGCAACGCGGCCGACGUGUUCCACAUCGCGUGCCACCUGCGGCUGGGCCGGCUGUGGAAGAUCCGCGUGUGGCACGACAACACCGGGCUGAGUCCGGCGUGGCACGUGCGGCACGUGAUGGUGCGCGAGCUGGAGACGGGCAAGACGUACGGCUUCAUCCUGGACGACUGGCUCUCGGUGGAAAACCAACGCAACGACGGGCUGGUGGAGAGGGACGUGCUCGCCGCCAGCCCCGAGGACCUGCGCCGCUUUGGCCGCGUGUUCGUGGGCGAGCUGCAGCGCGGCGUGUCGGAGCGCCACGCCUGGCUCUCCGUGCUCGACCGGCCGGCGCGCAGCCGCUUCACGCGAGCGCAGCGCGUCUCCGCCUGCGCCCUGCUGCUCGCCGCCUUCCUGGGCGUCUCGGCCGUGUGGUACGGCGCCGUCGCCUCCAACGCCACCGGCGCCGUCGCCGGGGCCAGAGUCCCAGUGUCGGAGUCUCUAUCCGUGGGCUGGAGCGACGUGGCGGUUGGCAUGGUGACCGCUUGUCUCUCCUUCCCUGUCUACGUCAUCCUCUCCCUCGUCUUCCGAAAGUCAAGAACCCAGAUCUCGAUGCAGCACGUGGACAGCUCCGAGCUGGAGGUGCUGGAGAUCGAUGCCUACGUGGACGCCUCUGAGGGCGGCGACUCAAUGCUGGAGCUCCCCGACAUGGAGAACUACCAAGAUAGGAAAGAGAGCGUAAUCUCAGCCGGUCCCAAGUCUCUCCCCGACUUGCUGGCGACUCACGCCGCCCACACCGGCACCGCGGCGGCGGCGGCGGCGGCGGAGGGCCUCACCACCGCCGGCCCCACGGCACGGCCGUCUCUGCGGCGGGCGGAGGCGUCGCGCAGCCUCCGCGUGGACGCGUCGCUCGCGUCGUCGGAGGAGCCGCUCUCGCUGUCGGGCUCCGAGCGUAGCGCCAACUCCUCCGCCCGCGACAGCCGACUCACGCCUGCCGACGAGGAGCUGAUGCAGCAGAUCCUGGCGGAGAGCGGGAGGUCGCAGGAUCGACCUUCCUCGGACAGCGGCCGCUUCUCACCGCGCGCCGACGCCGACCUCCUGUCUGACAUCCUCGACCCGACGGCCUUGCCGGGAGCCGACCGGCGGCCUCCGUCGAGUCGGGCCGGCGGCGCGUUCUACGGCUCGGCGUCGUGCCUCCCGUCGGCGCGGAGCCGCUCGGGCGUCGUCUCGUGCCUCUCCAAGCCCGGAUCGGCGGCGUCGCGGAAAACCGGUGACUCCCGGAGCGACACGCACGCACAACACCAUCUCGCCGCCGUGGCGCAUUCGCAUUUGGGAGAAAGAAGGCGGACGGGCGCGGUUUUUCUGAACCACAUCACUCCGCCGUGCGCCGUGUGCCCUGCCUUCACGGGGGCGACUUGCUCGCUCACGGCACUUCCCCGCAGCCUCGUGUGGCCUACACGGCGGGGGGGAAACCUUCGUGUGUUUGCGCGUUGCCCCGUGUUGCCCGCAGUGUGCGUGCGGCGCGGCGUGCGGGCGCCCCUGCCGCGCUGGUGCGCUACGCUGGCGCACGGCGCGUGCGUGGCCGGGUUCGCCGCGUGCAUCGCCGCGACGUGCCUCUACGGCGUCAGCUUCUCGCCGAGCGUGGCGCUCGCGUGGCUCCUGGCGUCCGUCACGGCGCUCGCCGCCUCCUUCCUCCUGCUGGAGCCUCUCAAGAUCGUGGUGGAGGCGCUGGCCCGCGCCUCGCUGCAGCGCCGCGUCGACCCGGACGAGGACGACGAGCUGGUGGAGGAGCCGCUGGUCCGGCCGGCGCCCGACCCCAUGGGCAAGGUGCGGCCGCCCUGCGGCUACGGCCUCCUGCAGGCCAAGGAGGAGGCCCGCAAGCUCCGGCACCUCAAGGCGCUCGUGAAGAGCUUCGUGCUGCACUUGCUGCUGCUGCUGCUGGUGCUGCUCUUCACCUACUGGGACGCGCCGAGCGACCGCCACGCUCGCCUGCUGGCGGCCGGCACGCGGCAGGCCAUGCUGGCGGCGCGAGACGGGCCCCUGCAUCUCUCUGCCCUCGCCAGCUCGGAGCAGGUGUGGCUGUGGCUGGGCCGCGUGCUGCUGCCCCACCUCUACCCCAACGUGUCGGACGCACAGAGGCCCACCACGCUGCUGGGCGCGCCACGCCUGCGGCAGCACCGCAGCGCCACCGUUCCGUGCGUCGCUUGGCUGGCGCCGGACUUGCCGCAGGAAUGGGGCGACUGCAUCGGUGACGAAGUCGCCGGCGCCGUCACCGGCAGCUUCGGUCCUGGGUGGACGCUCCCCACGCCCAACUCCAGCCUCAACUGGAACUACACGUGCGCCGGCGCUCCCAGCGCGUGGCACUGGGGGGAGCUGGGCUGGUACGGGGGGGGUGGCUACGUGCAGGACCUCGCAGGGAACCUGAUGCAGAGCAGGAGCACCGUGAGCAUGCUCCAGCAGCAGGGCUGGAUCGACAGGAUGACGCGCGCGGUGCUCGUGGAGUUUGCUCUGCGGUGCCGGGCGGUGGGGCUCGUGGCGGCUGUCACCGUCCUGUUCGAGUUCCCCGUGGCGGGCGCCGGCGUCGCCGCCGUGCCCUCGCUGAGCGUGCGCGCGGCCCGGCCGCUCGGCCUGCGGCACCGAGACUCGGCGCUCGUGCUCACGCUCUCCGUCAUGCUGCUGGCGCUGGGCUCCGUCCGCAUCCUGCUGGCGCUGUGGUCGUUGUGGCGCCGGUUCCGCAGAUCCGCAGCCUCCACGCAGCCGCAGCCGCCGUCGCUCUUCUCGGCGCCGGCGUCUGCGUCGCCGGCGCCGUCGCACGCGGGCUGGGCCCUGGCGUGCUGGCUGUCGAUGGCGCUGUGCGUGUGCGCGCCGGCCGUCACGCUGUACCGGCUCGCGCUGGGCGAGCUUCUCGCGCGGGCGCCGGCGCCGGAGUUCCAGGACGUGCGGAGCGCCGUCUUCGUGGCCGAGGCGGCGACGGCGCUCGCGGCCUCGCUGCUCUUCCUCUCGCUCGUUACGGUGGCACGGCAGGUGCGGUUUGUUCGCGCGUGGGCCCUGCUGGGCAAGACGUUGGAGCGAGCGUGGCCGCGGCUGUGGCGGGCGCUGGCGCUCUUCCUGACGGCGCUGCUGGCCUUCACGCAGCUGGGCUUCCUGAUUUUCUCGCAGCGCGUCAGCUGCUUCCGUCGCUUCGGCCUCGCGCUGGGCUCGCUCGUGUCGGCGCUUCGCUCGGGGCGCCGGCUGCUGCUGGCGGCACCGGCACCGCCGUCGCCGCCGCCCUCGACGCCGCCGCCGCCGCCGUCCCGGUGGUCGUGGUGUUCGGCGUUUUCGCCGCCGCCGCCCGCCCAGCCGUGGUCCUCCCAGCCGGAGGCCGCGUGGCCGUGGGCGGCGGCCGCCUUCCUGCUGCUGCUGGCGCUGGGCGCGGGCGCGGCGCUGGCGCGCGGGUUUGCCGCGGCGCUGGUGGCGGCGCACCGGCGGGAGCGCGCCGAGGCUCGGCGGCCCGCGGUGGCGCCGCAGGAUUACGAGAUGGCCGAGUUCCUGCUCAAGCGCGUCCGCCUCGUGCUGGGCCUGAGCAAGGCCAAGGAGUUCCGCCACAAGGUGAAGUUCGAGGGCAUGGAGUCCCUGCCGUCGCGAUCCUCCCGCGACGCGCUGUCUCCGCCUCCCCGCCCGCCCACCUCCUCCUCCGUGUCGUCGUCGGCGUCGUCGGCGUCGUCCGCCUCGUCGCUGCUCGGGACGUCGGCAUCGUCGACGUCGCGGGCCGGCGCGGAGCAGCCGGCGGGGCCGGCGUCGCCGGCGCCGCCGCCACGGGAGGAGCUGGAGCGGUGCUACGCGGCGGCGGGGCCCGCGGCCGAGCGCGUGCUGGCGCUGUUCGAGCGCGUGUGCGAGCUCACCGACGACGUGCUCCGCCUGGAGCUGGCGCUCGAGGACGUGCGGCUCCGGCUCGGCGCAGGCCCCGAGCCGCCGCCGCCGCCGGCGGCGCCGCCGGAGCCGAGGGGGGCGGCCGAGGGUCAGGCGACGAGCGGGGAGACCCGCGAGGAAGCCGCGCGGGAAACGGCGCCCGCCGCCAAACCCCCGCCCGGCGCCGCCGACGGCGCGCGGCGGAGGAGCAGGCGUCCGGAGUUGCCGCGAGCACCGCGGUCAGCGGCGGAUCAAGACGGCGCCGAGGCCGCCCCGACCGUUAGGGCCGUCUCUGGGUACCGCGCGCCGCCACGGCCGCUCUUCAGCAAGGAGGUUCCGGCGCUCGGGCAGCGACACUCGCAGCUUCCCGGGGCGUUCGCGGGCGGCGCCGGCGUUACCGGUGGUGCCGUGCUGCCGCUGGUGCCGUUCGGGGGGCCGCGCGGCUGGACCGGCGCGGAGGAGGCCGCGGGGGGGGGCGGCGGUCUGGCGCAGCCCAGCGCCGCCGCCAUCGCGACGCAGAGCAUCAAGAGGAGCGCGUGGUAG